AUGGAGAUAGUUGCUGAAAAAAAUGACUCGGAAGAAGUAAAAGAUUUACAGCCAUCAAAGAUUCAAAGCCGGGUGUUUGAAGCCAUUGAAGUGCAAGCACAAUGUGGCGGCCUGCCACUUGCUCUAAAGGUGAUCGGAAGAUCUUUGCACGGGGAACCACAACAGGUUUGGGAGAGGGCAAAGAACAAGAUUUCUAGAGGAGAAUCCAUAUCAGCUUAUCACAAAAAUGGGCUACUUAAAUUGUUGGAGAUCAGUAUCGAUUCGUUAGAUGAUGUAGCCAAAGAAUGCUUCUUAGACUUAGCUUUAUUUCCAGAGGACAGGAAAAUCUGUGCCGAUGCACUGUUGGACAUAUGGGUUUAUGUUCGGAAGUUACAGCGGCAUGACGCUUUGUCCAUCUUAUCGGAUCUUGCAAGCAGAAACCUGUUGAAUUUGACUAGCACGCCAAGGAGAACAAUAGCAAUCUCACAUGAAAAUGUCUCGGAGCUGUACUUUUCUCAGCAUAGUGUAAUGCGUGAACUUGCCAUCCAUUUGGGAUGCCGAGGCAGUGUAGUCCACAGCAAGAGGUUUCUAAUGGAUAUGAAGGAGCAAAGUUUGCCUGAAAAAUGGGAGUUUCUUAAUCAUACUGCAUGCGAUGUUCAAGUGCUGUCCAUUCAUACAGGUCCGAUGGAGGCAAGCAACUGGUAUGAGAUGAAUUUACCUGAGACAGUAGCUCUUUUGUUAUUCUUUACUUCAAGUGAAUACUCUCUUCCCCCAUUUCUGAGGUCUAUGAAGAAUCUAAAAUUUCUAAUGAUAUUGAAUUAUGGGACAAAGAAGGCAACUGUAAAAGGUCUAGAUGCUUUAUCUUCGCUCACUGAACUCAAGUGUGUCCGCUUGGAGAGGUUGAUUGCACCCCUUGUUCAAAAACAAAGGACAGAACUCUCAAACUUAGAGAAGUUAUCUUUAAGCUUAUGCGAAGGAUUUGAAUAUGUAUCCACAUUCAACAUUACCAAGCUGCGGGAGUUUAACAUUGAUCACUCAAGCAACUUGGAGGAGGUGCCAAUUAGUUUCUGUUAUAUGCCUUCUGUUAAGAUGUGGUCUAUUAGCAACUGCCACCUGGUUCAGAAGUUACCUUAUGAACUUGGGAAUAUGAACUCUCUCAGAAUGCUGAGGUUAUCAGCGUUACCGGGCUUAAAAGAGCUUCCACCAUCGAUUGGAAAACUUCGGCCGUUGGAAUGUCUAGACAUCUCGUUCUGCGAGGGGCUCAGAGAACUUCCAGUUGAAAUAGGGCAACUAAAGAAAUUGAGUGAGUUUGAUAUGAGGGAAUGUUCUCGUUUGAAGAGGUUGCCAAGAGCUGUUUGUGAACUGAAUUCCCUCAAGCUGGUUAUUUCUGAUGAGAAGAUUGUGAAGUAG